UCACGCAUCGUCGGCAAAAGAAAAAUCCCCAAAUUCGUUUUCUCGUACGAUUCAAAAUCCCCCAAAAACACAAAUCUUUUUGAUCUUUUGAGAUUCACAAAUCGAAUCGCGAGGAAAGCCAAGCCAUGGAGAACAGCAGCAGCAUCAAUUCCACCGCAUCCACCGCCUCGAAUCUGAGCACGGCUUCCCUGGAAAAGCUUGAUCAAGCCGCGAGCUGGGUUAGCACCACCGUGAUAUCCGCCUUCUUCGCCUCCCUCGAGCGUUGCUCCUGCGUUAAUCUUUCUACCUCUGAUGAUGAUGAAGAAGGCGAAGAAUCUCACAACCGUCCUCUUGCUCUCUCCGCCGCUCCUCACCCAGACGACAUCGUUUAGGUUUCCUUUUGACUCCUCCCUUUCUUCGGUAAUCCUUUUUUUUUUUUUUUGUUGGGGGUUUCUAUCAAUCGGUGAUAUGGGUCUUGUAGGAAUGUGUCUCCGAUGUAUGAUACUAUGGAAAAGAUCUUAACUUUUGAUUUGUAUAUGCCAGAUUUGGUGUUUGAUUUCACUUCUCCUUCAUAUGUUGUUUAUGUGUAACCUGACUCGCGUUUGAAACAGAUAUGGUUUUGAUUUGUGAAGUUUAUUUAUAUAUAUGCUUGGCUUUUGGA